AUGUCUGUCCCCACUUUAGGCUACUAUAAGGUGCGAGCAUUUGCUCAGCCAUCCCGACUGCUACUGAAAUACACGGGAACUUCAUUUACGGACAAGUAUUACGAGUUUGGGUCCACUCCGGAGACCUUACGUGAUCACUGGUAUAAAGAGAAGUUUACAUUAGGAUUGGACUUCCCUAACGUUCCCUAUUAUAUCGAUGCGAACGUAAAGCUCACCCAAAGUAUCGCUAUUUUGCGAUAUUUGGGUCGAAAACACGGUUUGGUGGCCAGGGAUGAGACCGGACUCGUACGCCAGGAUCUCGUCGAACAGCAACUCUUUGACUACAGGACAGGGUUUCUGCAAACUGUGUUCAAUAAAGAGGGCUUUGAAGAAAACAAAAAGAAAUUUAUUGCCGAAACACUUCCUCAAUGGUUGGAUCAGUUGUCGAAGUUCUUGGGCAGUGAUCAGUGGCUCACCGGAAAGACACUGACUUAUGUCGACUUCUUGGGCUACGAAGUCCUCGAUUGGUUCCGACUGUUCAGUCCGGAGACCAUCAAGAAGUACCACAAUUUGGUUCAAUAUUUGGAUCGAUUUGAAAAUUUGCCACAAAUUAAGGCUUAUAUGAAGUCCAAUGAGUUUAUAAGCUACUUUAAGGUGCGAGCAUUUGCACAGACAUCACGACUGAUACUGAAAUACACAGGAACUCCUUAUACGGACAAGUAUUACGAGUUUGGCAAAGAUUUGGCAACAUUUAAGGACAGUUGGUAUAAAGAGAAGUUCACAUUAGGACUGGACUUUCCUAACGUUCCCUAUUAUAUCGAUGCGAACGUAAAGCUCACCCAAAGUAUCGCUAUUUUGCGAUAUUUGGGUCGAAAACACGGUUUGGUGGCCAGGGAUGAGACCGGACUCGUGCGACAGGAUCUCAUUGAACAGCAAUUCUUGGACUAUAGGACAGGAUUGACGGAAAUAGUGCACAAUAAAGACAACUUCGAGUCAACGAAAGCUAAAUAUAUCGCCGAAACGCUUCCCCAACAGUUGGAUCAAUUGUCAAAGUUCUUGGGCAGUCAUCAGUGGUUUGUCAGACAGACACUAACAUACGUCGACUUCUUGGCCUAUGAGACACUCGAUUGGAUCCGAGUGUUGAGUGCGGAGACCCUUAAGAAGUACCACAAUUUGUGGUCCAUCGGUCACACAAUUGACGCGCAAAUCGCUUACUAUCCGAACGUCACGAGCGAUCACUAUGACUGCGGACUCGCGAGGGAUUCGCACGCAAUGAACGACCGGUGCUUCCGAUGGCACUCCAGUAGUGGUGACCCAAUAUUGAGCCAUAUAUUUAUGGGACGGCCGGCAGAAGUGGGGGAAAUGCCGUGGAUUUGCUAUAUAAGGAUCGCUAGAGUCAAAGAAGUUAAAGUCAUAAAUAACGGCCUCACGAUUAUACUGAAGCAACUGAGCCAUCGGGACCACUAUACCAUCACGUGUCCGGGCGACUCCGGGAGUCCAUUGGCUCAGUACGUGAAUGGCCGGGCGGUCAUGAUAGGCGUGCUAUCGCACGGUACAAAUAUAUGCGCCCCCUAUGAUUACCCU